GUUUCCAGGAAGUUGUUCAUUUGCGAAAAUGGAGGACGCUCUGGACUUGGGGGAGCAAAGCUCGAAAAAGACUGGAGCUAAAACUGGUCGUAGAGCAAGACAGUCACAGGAGGUGCCGCAGGAUGAGACACAGCUAAACAGGAAGAACUCCUCCUCAACUUCUUUGGGAGAGGGUCCUCCACCAAAACCACCUAGACGACAAGGUGGUUGGGCUGAUGAAACUCCAGGCUCUGCGAAGUCUGGAAGAAAGCCAGUGCCCAGUGAUGUGGAGGACAAACGUCUGAAGCCACAAACCCCUGAAGGGUCAGAUGAUGGAGACAUUCCAGUGAUUCCCGACUUAGAGGACGUUCAAGAAGAGGACCUGACCAUGCAGGUUGCAGCACCUCCCAGCAUUCAGGUGAAUCGGGUGAUGACUUAUCGGGAUCUGGACAAUGACCUAAUGAAGCACUCAGCGUUUCAGACGUUGGAUGGAGAGAUUGACCUGAAACUACUCACCAAAGUAUUGGCCCCAGAACAUGAGGUCAGAGAGGAAGAUGUUUGCUGGGACUGGGAUCAUCUCUUUACUGAAGUCUCUUCAGAGUUGCAGUGUGAGUUGGACCAGGGUGACAAAGAUGAACAGAAGCAAAUGCCUGUGCCAGUAGUUUCAUGAUUAAAAUCAAUGCUAAAGUACCUGUACAGUUUGAAAAAAAGUUAAGCUUUUAUUAAGUCUAUAUUAUUCGCGGGACACUUUACUUUUUCAAUUUAUCCCUUGUACAUAUAUGUUGUAUAUAUACAGUGUGUGUGUGUAUGUAUAUUAUACAGUGUGUAUAUAUAUAUA